UAAAACACAAUCUACAUUUAGUAAAUUAGAUAUGUCAUUAAAUGAAAAGUUAGGCAGCAAUUUUCUCAGUUUCCACUAGGAAGCAGUAGAUGACAGAGUGCAGAUACUCACAACACGUGCAAGUAUGGAAGAAGAGGGAGGUUUGGCAAAUUCUGUUGGAGACACUGUAAAGCAUUCAGAAAGGAAUCAGAGCUACAUUGUGUUAUACUGCAGCUGGCAAUCUCUCUUUUUCCCUGAUAUCAUCUCCUUUCUUUUACACUCCAUAUUCCCCACACUUCUGUCUUCAGCAAAAAAAGCAAGCUAUUUUGGAAUUAUGAGGGUUUCAAGAGUAAUACUGGGAUCCUUACUAGGGCUUCUUGGUUGUCUUGUAACAAACAAAAUGCAUGCUACCAAUUCUGGUACAGACCUUCAUCGAAUUGGACAACUGAAAAGUGAGGCAGAACUGGUAAAAGUUGACGAGUUGAUGGAUGAAUUAGUGAAGCAUCGAACAAAAAGAGGUUCACUGGACGAAAGCACCAAAAAGGAUAUAGUGUAUCCCCGACUAAUCCAUCCAACUCCAAGCAGGACAUCUGAACAAAACCAAGUUCAGAAUGGUUCCUCUCUGUCAUCCACCUGGCGUCCCCAACUCCAGAAUCCUCUCUAUCCACUAGGUGAAAGUUCACUCACUGCCUACGGAAUAUUGUUGCUGUCUUUGGUGGUAUUUGCAGUAGGCAUCAUUGGCAACCUGUCAGUUAUGUGUAUUGUGUGGCACAGUUUGUAUCUAAAAAGUGCCUGGGACUCCAUCCUGGCUGGGUUGGCACUUUGGGACUUCCUUCUACUCUUCUUUUGUUUGCCAGUAGUAGUUUUCCAGGAGAUCACUCGUCAAAGGCUGUUUGGGGUAAUGUCCUGCCGAAUUGUACAUUAUAUGGAGGUAAUUGAUUACUAAUGGUAUUUUUUUUAUCUAUGUGAGACAGACAGACAAAUAGCCAGAUGUUUGCUGUUUUUUUUUUCUUUUCUUAUUUGUAUCUUUUACAGACUUGUAUUUUUAGCUGUCAUCUUACAUGUUCCGAUAAUUGGCAAAAAGCUAUUUUGUUUGGAAGCUACUUUGUCUUGCUGAAAAAUGUAGCUAGAUUAUUCUUUCUAAUAAGACUAGAAAAAUGUACUGUGUAUAUUUUUUAUACUAGAGCUAAAAACCUCUCCUGUAAUUAUAAAAAAGGACAUAUGUGUAAUGAGUGCAAAAGUCACUUAUAAUUCAGACAUAAUCUAGACAUGAUUGAAAAGUUGAGGCAGGAUUGCACCUGCUAUUGCUGUCAUGAGCUAGGAGACAUGACGCAGCUGUAAUAAGGGGGAAGUGGCUCCAUAAACACAGAUGUAUAGGGAAGAACACUGCUAGCUGAAAUUCUAGCUCAGAACGGACAAUAGGGAUGCAGUAAAAGAUUCAACAUCAAAAAGCUACGUUGGCAGAAACAUGAUUGUGUACUCACCACAAAAAACAUUUUACUCAAAUUUUUUCGCAUUACCCUUGUCACAGUGCUACAGAACAAAUUGGUACUCACUUAAAAACAGAUAAAUGAUAAAUGUUUUCAUAUGAAAAAAUGGAAACUAUCAAUGUAUUUCUAUUUGCUGUAAAUGGAAAGUGAAUGGAAAUGUCUCACCUAAUUUUGAAGGAAAAAAAGGAUUUCAGUUUGAAAAAUGGAAAGUUUAAAAUGCCACCAAAGAUGUUCUCACAAACAUAUUUUUUCUGUGCAGGUUUCCUCUCUUGGUGUUUCAACUUUCUCUCUGUGUGCAUUGGGCAUUGAUCGCUUCCAAUCAAUAACCUCUCCUCUGACUUCACCAAGGCCAGUUGAAAGAUGUCAAUCCAUCCUGGGCAAGUUAUCUGUUAUUUGGUUAGGGUCUUUAACACUUGCACUUCCUGAGAUCUUGCUCUGGCAGCUUAUGCAAGAGCGCUCCCCUGUCUCAGGUUUGGUGAGUGAAUUCUGUGUCAUGCAACCAGCUCCCAAUCUGCCACCAGUUUUACAUUCCCUGGUACUCACCUAUCAACAUGCUCGUAUGUGGUGGUUCUUGGGAUGCUACUUCUGCCUUCCUCUUCUCUUCACUGUGAUUUCCGUGCUAGUCACCCUUCGGAUUAUAGGUACCACAAAAGACAACAAAUAUGGACAGUGCCAGCGACAGCUCAGUUGGAUGGUGGUCAUUCUCGGAAUUGUGUAUGGAGUAUGCACUCUGCCAGAAAAUAUCACCAAUGUCCUGGUCACCUACACAAGCCUGGAAAUACCAAGGGAUCUUCUGACACUGAUAACUCAGUUCUUUUUGUUUCUGAAGUGUGCAGUGACUCCAGUUUUGCUCCUUUGUCUCUCCAAACCCUUAGGACAGGCAUUCCUGGACUGCUGCUGCUGUUGCUGUGAAGAAAGAAUUAAUCCAGAUACUAUGCAGCUUCCUGGAAAAGAGGUGAAAAAGACUGAAGAGGAGCCAAAAACUCAUUUGAUCUGCAUUAAGGAGUCAGACCUACCACUUGGAACACCUUGCUAAGGCAAAAUGGAGAGUUUCUAUAUGUGUAUGUGUGUUUGUGGGUGUAUGUAUACACUGAACAACAUUAUAAAUGGAACACUUUUGGUUUUGCCCCCAUUUUUCAUGAGCUGAACUCAAAGAUCUAAGACUUUUUCUAUGUACACAAAAGGCCUAUUUCUCUCAAAUAUUGUUCACAAAUCUGUCUAAAUCUGUGUUAAUGAGCACUUCUCCUUUGCCAAGAUAAUCCAUCCACCUCAUAGGUGUGGCAUAUCAAGAUGCUGAUUAGACAGCAUGAUUAUUGCAAUGGUGUGCCUUAGGCUGGCCACAAUAAAAGGAAACUUUAAAAUGUGCACAUUUUAAAACCCAGAUUUAGACAGAUUUGAGAACAAUAUUUGAGAGAAAUGGGCCUUUUGUGUACAUAGAAAAAGUCUUAGAUCUUUGAGUUCAGCUCAUGAAAAAUGGGGGCAAAACACGUGUUGCAUUUAUAAUUUUAUUCAGUAUUUAUAUAUGUAUGUGUGUAUAUAUAUAUAUAUAUAUAUAUAUAUAUAUAUAUAUAUAUAUAUGUGUGUGUGUGUGUGUGUGUGUGUGUGUGUAGCCAAGCUCUUAAUCUUGAAUUAACUUUCCUUUUAUCUCUGCCCAACUCUCUGUGCUUGGUAGCCCAGAAUUGGCAAACAAAGUAGAGCAUUAUGACAUUUUAUGUGCCUCCCUACCCUCCCCUAAAACAGCCAUAAGUCACUGGAGCCUCAUUGUUGAGAUGGCUGGGUGGAGGUAAAAGAGUAGGUGCUUCUUCAUAAAGAAACUAGUUGUGCUUGGCUUUACUAUACAGUAAGGUAGGUCAGAUGGAUAUUCCUUGGUGCAUUUCUAAAAAAAUGAAAUCAAUACUAAUUUAAAUAUUGUGGCUGGUGGAGCAGAGAGAUUUGAGAUGGGAAAAAGAUACAGAGAAGAAAAUUUAGGAGGGAAUUUCUACAGGGAGCACAGGGGAGUAUACACUUAAUUAGUAAUGGCAAACUAAAAAAAUACAUUCAGAAUAACACAUUUGCAACACUUGUAUGUACCUUUGCAUACACACAAACACAACUGCACUCAUACACACAAACAUGCACGCACAUGCUUAAAACUGAAUGCCUUCAAACCCUACACUUUAACUCACUGUUCACACAUUGAUUUGGCUCCUUGACAAUCCACAUUACUCUGGCUGUUACUGUGACUGUGAGACCAUCACAAUGUAACAGUGCUCACAUUUAUUUGCCAUUUUGAUACAGUCAUUGAGUUGCAGUUACAGUCAAUAUAUUUAGGUAAAAUACUUAGAGGAUAAAUCAUGUUAGACUGAAUAACAAUUCAUUCAUUAUUGAGCAAACAAGGAGAACAAGAUUACAGAGAACAAAUUAUGGAGUAAACACACAAAGGAAACCAAACUACAAGGUUACAUAAACGUAUUGGCGACAUAUAAUUAAGGGGACUUUAAGAACCAUAGCAGUCUAGGUAAAGUGAAAAGGUGCACUAUGCAAUCACUGCAGGAGCAUCACUGCAACAAUAAGAAACUUUCUGCAAAUCUAUGUCUCUUGCUAGCUCCAUUAUACCUUUCUAAAAUGUAACCUCUGUUGUGACUACCACAAGCUCCAUUAUUGGAAAACCAUGAAUGGAGAUAUUCAGGAUGGUAAUAGAAACCAUGCAGCAGCUUCUGUUAUUGGGCACAAUAGUUUAAUUUACAAUUUUGUUUAAUUAAUUGCUGUUCAAAAGCAUAGGGAAUAUCUAUGAGCAGAGGUAAAUACAAAACUAAUAAAUAAGGCCAAAAUUAGUUUUUGUUUUUUCCUGUGUGGUGAGAGCUCAGUACAAAGACUGCAAACCCUUGCUUUGAGUUGGCAUCAGACACAGUUACAUUAAAGUUAAGGCUUUUUUAUUUUAUUUUUUAAUGUAAGAUGGAUAGAUGAGCUGAUGGAUGUUAUAAAUAGAUGAUGGGUAAAUUUUAUAAAUAGUGGUGGGUUGGUUGUUUUAGACAGACAGGUAGAUGAAUAGAUAGGUCUGUGUCUCAGAGGACGCAGAUCAUAAUUUUUCAAAGGAGGCCAGACUUCUAUUCCCUGCUACAUACACAAUGUAAUAUAUAUGUGACUGAAUCCUGUCCACAAUUUCACUGCAGAAAUCCAAGCUAUUGCAUCAUUAGAGAGAAUAAGAUAUGUUGCAAAUUAAUGGCAACAAAAGGGUUAUUAUGCCAUGCAGUGUUAGUUGUUGGAUUGAGUGAUUUUAUCUGUAUGAUAAACUAUAACUAUAAACUAAGCCUUCCAAGAUAUUUCCUUUUAGUAAUGAGAAGGAUUAGAAGCAACUUACAUGUUUGAGGGAAGGCCCCAUUAGAAUGAUCACACCAAUAACAUAAGUGCGAAACUGCAAGGGAAGUAGUUAAUGAGUGCUCCCUUGAAUGGCCGCCAUUUCGUAUAGACGAACUCCAACCAGUGGUAGCAUUCGUAUCCUGAAAGGAGAAACUUCCCUUGCAUGGUUUUUGCACAGGAACCUCACGAACAGAGACCGAUCUGGUAAAUGUACUCUUGUGGGGGUUCCUGAGGUUGGUAGGGACACUUUUGGGGCACUGACUAUUUUGGCUGGCUUCCUGUACUUGGGAUACAAAGAGUCUAGGUUCUCUUUCCAGCACCUUGACUCCCAGGCACAGAGGAUCCUGGGAUGAGGACCCCUGUCAUUUUGUGUGGAAGACCCCUUGCAGGGGGAUAUGCAUAAAAGCCGUGUGUGGCACAAUAAAACCGUGUUGUACUCCUAGAGCUUUAUGUCAUCCAGUUACUAUGGGAAUGGUGGUGUUGAUACUUUAAGUGGUUCCAGAGUGGCUGAGGGAAUAAAUUAGCAGAGGUAACCAGUCGAGUUACCCGUGGUCCGCUACAAUGAUUCCAUCAAUUCCUUUCCAGCUGCCCAAUGUACUAAUGUAUAAUGCACUAAUGCUUACAGUUGGCCCCUGUCUAUAAAAACUGAAAGUUUAGAGUACUACUAGUCCUCAUGCCCUUGAGUUGAUUUUGAGCACUUAACCAACAGGCCAUGUGUCCAAAUACUAUAGCCAUUCUAGGCAACACAAAAGUUUCUUUGUUAAAGUCUUUAUAGUAGGUAUAUGCAUCAGAAUUAAAAACACAGAAUUAUGUCUCUCUAGUUUAGUUUCUACAGCCUGUGCCUGUAGGCUUUUUGAAUACACUGCCUAGAAACACUUCUGUUGGCAGUCACUCAGAUGACCAUUAAAUGUGUGUACAGGGUUCGUGCUGCACAACAUUCAGCACUGACGUUCAGCUUCUCCACGCUCUGCAUGCUCCCCAUAGAGAUGCAUUGGAGAUGCAUAAAGAUGCUGAUUGGAGCAGCAUUGGAAAGCUUUGGAUUGUCUGAGAUCAUCAAAUUUUGCCAAGGAGGUGGAGCAGAGCGAGGCCAGCUGCAAUGAAACCGGAACUUGAAAUAAGGUGAGUAUAAUCACUUUUUAAUGGAGGGCAAGGGGUGCCAGCACCUAAACAGCGGUUUUAAAGCUAAAAUGUCAAGAAUACAUGUUUGUAUUCCUGACACUAUAGUGUUUCUCUAAAAAAAAACAAUGGAACAAAAUUGAGAAAUAAGUAAUGUUGCAGAUGUUACUAACGAACUUGCAAUGUUGUGUAUUGCAACUUCUCAUAAUAAUAAAGCUAUUCCUAAAGAAUUCACUGUACAUAAACUGUUCGAGAAAAAACAAAGCAUCAAUGAAUAUGUUUUGUUUGGGUAACAAAAUAAUAAAAAAUAUUUGAUGGUUUGACUCUUUAUAGAAUUCUGCACUGACGUGUAUACAGUGAUUAAAGAAAUAAAGUCCCAGGGUAAUAAUGAGUUAAGAAUUCUCACUUCUACACAAUUUGCUUGUUUUUUUCCCCCCAAGAAAGAGAGGACUCUUUGUUCUCUCUUGACUGUGUUAGUGUGUAAGAGCUAAGGAUUUGGGACUGGACAACAGAGAUGUAAUGUGAGGGUGAUAGACACAAGGUUUUACAUUGUCAUAGAAACCAGAUUCUGUAAUGAGAAUCAUGAGGCAGCCCAUUACAUUGAAAAAGUAGCAAGUAUUCUUUUGUCUAGUUUGUAUACUGUUUAUAUUCAUUCCAUGUUUAAUUACGCUUUAUGUCACUGUUUCCUUGUUAUAGAGUAUAAACUGUUCACAUGUUAUAGUCCUUAACAGGCACAAUUCAUUGCAAUUUAAAAGUUGUUUUUUUCUCACUGAUAGUUCAUUUUGUGUAACCAUAUCAUCCUACCAAAUUAGAAUAUCCCAUCUGACCCUCAUUCCUACUCCCCCACACCCUCCCUUAUACACCAAAUAGAACAUGAAAAGGGAUUCAAACUAAUGAGACAAAAGAAGGCUCAACAGACAGUAACAGAAUCCUUGCCACAGUACAAUGACGUCUUUGUCAUUCCUCUAACCAAUUCACUGUCUUAAAAUGUUAACAUGUGAAACUGAAAAGAAUAUAAAACCAAGCCUGGAAGCAUUUUUUUAACUUUGUACAAGGUUUUAAAAAGUGUUUUUUAAAAGCAUAUAUGUUGUUUUGUUGCUUUUCUAAUCAAGGAGAAAAUAUAGAUUUUUUUUCGUACACCUUUAAAAA